UCUUAUCUGUGCGCCUGAACAACGUCUAGGUCAACGUGGUGCCGAUGAAAUUAAAUCACAUCCAUUUUUUGCUGGAGUAGAUUGGGAGACUAUUCGUAAUAUUGAGGCACCAUUCGUUCCUAAUCUGAAAUCAAUCACUGAUACUAGCUACUUCCCUACAGAAGAUCUGGAAAAGAUUCCUGACACACCUCAGACAACUGAACGCACCUCAAGUGCUACUGGUGAAUUUAAUCAAAAGGACUUAGCUUUCGUCGGUUAUACAUUUAAAAGAUUUGACGAUUUAACAAGAAAGAAUGCUUU